UGAUUACAUAAUAAAUUUCUAGAUUCAUGCAUAUCUUUAGUGGAUGUUUCUAUAUAUAUACAUAUAUAUAUAGUUGUAAGGAAUAUAAUCCCAUAGUAGACUAGACUUUGAACGAUAAGGGACUAGAGUUUUGGAGGUGUGAGUUUGGGAAUGGCUUUGCUUAUUUCUUGCUGGUUUAUCAUUGAAUCUAUCAUCAUCCCACAUGGGUCUAGGAAGUGGUUUUAUUUAAGCUUCUAUAUCCAUCCCAUUUUUCUCUUUUUCUGUCAAAUCUUCUUAUGGAUCAAACUGCUUCAGAGAUGGCUUAUACUCAUAGUCUCUCUCCCUAUUCGAAUCAUUUCUUUCCUAGUUUUAUAUAUUUUGAGAUUUUUAAGAGGUUUUGUUGUCUUUUUAUUCUCAUUUACUAGAGUGACCAAUGCUGAAGUUGUAGAAGAGGUCAAUCAAUUUGAAGAACAGCAGUUUAGUAAUGAAAUUCAAGUUGUUCACUCAUAUAGUUGUUCGAAUAGAGCAUCUAUAGUACUACAUGAGCUAAAAAUAUCUGAAUUUCAGGUUACUCAGUCUAUAGAGGACACUCCUAAUAAGGAAGAUGAAGUUCUACAUAUGGAAGAACACGAUGAUCUUCAUAGUAGUGAAGAUAUUAGCAUGGAGUAUUUCUCUUCAAACCAUAGUUCAAAUUCAUCCGAAGAAGAUGUGAAUAUGAUCGGAUAUGUAUCAUCCGUUUGUAGCUCUAAUUCUCCCAUUGAAGAUGUGCACACGAGUGUGUAUUUGCCAUCAGUUUGUAGCAGUACUUCACCGCCCAUGGAAAGAGCGAUAAGUGAUGAUCAUGAACAAGAAGAACUAGAUUCAUUCUACAACAAAUACACAGAAAGGAUGAGAUGGUUCGACGUACUCAACUACGAUAGAACAUGUGGAAUAAGUGCAAUCUUGAACAAGCAAUAUUUGGGGACUCCUAGUUCAUUACAGAGUAUAGAGACAGUGGAUUUCUCUAUCCCAUAUAUAUCAUGGACCAAAUUGGCUAGAAAAAAGCUCUUGAGAAGCUUGGAAAGUGAUUUUGAAAUGGUUUAUGUGGCUCAGUCAUGCUUGUCCUGGGAGGCUCUCCAUCAUCAAUACCAAAAGGUUGAGGCUUUAAUUGCAUGCUCUAAUAGUACUCAAAUUGGUGUGUUUUAUAAUAAUGUUGCAGGGGAGUUCCAAAAGUUUCAAGUACUUUUAGAGAGAUUUAUGGAAGAUGAAAGAUGUUACCCAACCAAAAGGUAUUGGAAUUAUGUCCAAAGAAGGUUAUCUCAAAAUAGUCUACUCCAAGUUCCUGAGAUUUCAGGAUAUAUGGAGGAAGAAAAAGAUGAAAUGAAUGGAGAACCAAUGAGAGCAACAGAAGUAUUGAAGGCCAUAGAGAAGUGUAUAGAGGUUUUUCGGUUAUUUGUAAAAACAGACAACGAGAGACCUUGGUGGAAGGUCAGGAGGAGUUCUUUGUGGACUCAUUCGCCAGUGGAAGACCCUAGGGACUUGGGGCUCCUAGUUGACCUUUCUAAAACAUUACAAAAGAAGGAGCUAUGGUUAAAAGAUAUGCAGAGGAAGAAGAAAUGUUGGUUGAAGAGGGUAACAGAUCCUUGUGGAGAGACUCAGAAGAAGGAAAUUUUGAUUACAAUGAUAGAUAUGAAGCUGGUGUCAAGGGUGCUAAAAAUGUCAAUGAUUUCCACUGCUCAACUCAAAUGGUGCCAAGAGAAGCUUAAUAGCAUAGAGUUCAAAGAAGGAAAGUUCAUGAGGGCAUCCACAGGUCCCUUGUUCCCAUCUUCCUAGUACUUGUACAAAAAUAAAAUCCAAUUCUAGAGGUUUCCUUUUCUUUUUUUUUUUUUUUUUUUUUUUUUUUUUUUUUUUUU